GGUGGGGGGAAGAGAGUGAGAGAGAGAGAGAGAGAGAGAGAGAGAGAGAGAGAGAGAGAGAGAGAGAUGCCUUAUUGAUUAGCCCAUCCUAGUCUCAGGAGAGCCGAGUGAAGCUUCAGAGGAGACCCCACACGCCAGUGUGAUGGAAGCGAUUUGGAUGGUUUUGACUUUGGCUGCGUGCACAUCAGCAAUGCCCGAGCAGUACAGCAGAGCAGUGGACUGGUUGAGCAGGUACGGCUACCUCCCUCCGCCCGACCCCCGGACGAGCAAGCUGCAGACCAAGGAGGGCAUCGAGAAGGCCAUACGGGUCAUGCAGAGAUUCGGCGGCGUGCGAGAAAGCGGCGUGCUCGACGGUGAAACGCUGAAGCUCAUGUCCACGCCACGAUGCUCCCUUCCCGAUAUCGUCGGGAGUGAGGACAUGUUGAAGAAGAGGAGGAGGAGAAGAAGAUACGCACUGUCAGGACUUAAGUGGCACAAGAGCGAUCUGACGUGGAGCAUCCACAGCUAUCCGUCGGCGUCGCUCUCCCCCGGCCUGCCGUCCGCCACGGUGGACGGCAUCCUGACGCACGCCUUCAAAGCCUGGAGUGACGCGGCCCCUUUGACUUUCCGCCAGCAGCCGGGCGGCGGCGGCGGCGGCGGCGGCGACAUCAGGGUGUCCUUCAACAGCUUGCUGCACGAUGACGGCUACCCCUUUGACGGGCCGGGGGGCACCUUAGCCCACGCCUUCUUUCCCGGCAGGGAUGACGUGUCCGGAGACACGCAUUUUGAUGACCAUGAGAGGUGGAGCUACGGAGGGGAGAGCAGCGGCACCACCGACUUGUUCACGGUGGCAGUGCACGAGUUUGGCCACGCACUGGGCCUGUCGCAUUCCUCCUCGGAGCCGUCCAUUAUGAGGCCGUAUUACCAGGGUCCCGUGGGAGACAUUCGCCACUACCAGCUGGCGCUGGAUGACAGACUGGCCAUUCAGCAGCUUUAUGGCAGCAAGGGGGGGCAACAACCAGGAGGUGUUGACCCCAACCUCCCUCGUUUGCCCAGCCCUCCUCCGACCAAACCGACAAAGCCGUCCGACCCUUCCGUUUACGACCGUUGUCACGGGGGAUUCGACGCUGUGGCAAACAUCAGAGGGGAAGUCUUCUUCUUUAAAGGUGCUCAUUUCUGGAGGACCACGCGAGAUGGCUCCCUGGUGUCGCUUAAUCCGGCUCAGAUCCAAAACUUUUGGAUGGGGUUUCCCGCGGGGACGAAUAAGAUCGACGCCGUGUAUGAGCGCAAGAACGACAACAGCAUCAUCUUCUUUGUCGGAUCUCAGUACUGGGUCUUCAAGGACACGGUGGCCAUGAGCGGCUAUCCUCGCCCGCUCUCUGAAUGGGGCAUGAAGAGGAAGAGCGGCGCGCUCGUGGACCGAGUGGACGCCGCCUUCAUCUGGGCCCAUAACGGCAAGACCUACCUGUUCAGCCAGGGCGAGUUCUGGAGGUUCGACGAGAGUCGAAAAGGCCAGCCCGGGACCCCGCGGCCGGAGCCGGGCUACCCGCGUGACAACGGCCUUUGGACCGGAGUUCCCUCCCGCAUGGAUGACAUCAUCAGCUGGGGCGAAGGCGACGCCCAUUUCUUUAAGGACAACCACUAUUGGGUGCUCAAGAGCGGAGGCAUGAACCAAGACGCGGUGGAGCCCAAAUCCAUCGGCGUGGACUGGCUCCGUUGUCCCGUUCCGCCGUCCACCUCGGCUCCGGCCGCUCCCGACGACCCACGCCGAUGCCGCUGCGACCUCACAGACGCGUCUUCAUCUCUCGCCAGCAACUACCUCCUGGUGUCUCUUUUACUGGCCGUUAGGGAAUUAGUGGCUAAAAUAGCAAGUUGAGUU